UUGAUAAUCGAUUCCGUCACCACGUGCCUUUCUUCCCCAGUGUACGAGAUGGUGUGUAAAACUGGAUUUGAUUUAAAAGAUAAUUACGAUAUUACCGGCAUCUUAUCUCAAGACGGUGAAGUAUAUUGGAAAGCAAUUGCUGAAUGUUUGUGCUUUUCCGAAUCAGACCAAAGUGUGGAUUACGGAAGAUGCGUGAGACUUCUGGGACCACUGUGUCAAGCUGUUCAUCUGCACCUACUGUCCCUGACUAAGGACCAGUUUGAAGUUCAAUAUAUCUCAUGGUUCCAGUGGACAAAUGUCCCAAAGCUAUUUCUUGAGAUAUUUGAUGCUCUCCAAAGUCUACAACUUACGGCUGUUUCGCUUAGCUUAAUGAAGCUGACAGCGAACCUGGAACGCGCUCUAGGAGAUGUAUUUUUACUGAUUGGUAAGGGCUGCCCUUUCCUGUUACGGGAUCUGCUCUCAUCUCAGGAGCUUUCUGAAAUCUUUGGACCCUCUGUGAUGAAUAUACUCAGAGUAUUCAUUGGGUCUCCAAAUGGUCUCAACUUACGUAAUAUUUUGUGGCAUGGAUUUGCAUCUCCACAAGAAAUUCCUCCCAAAUAUUGUUCUAUGUUACUAUUGUUGACAGCAGGAUUGGGACAACUAUUAGAGAGUUACCUUCAAAAAACAAAAUUUACUUUAACCCACCGACCCUCUGUAACUUUUACCAACUUAAAUGAACUGGAGAUUUUUCCUGAUAUCAAUCAUGAAGCACUCUCAGUUGCCCAAGAACUGUUGAAGAAAUCUGGUUUCGUCUUAAAAAUUAUGUUGCCAUUUUGGGAAGCUGCAAUAACAGAAUUCAGACUACAAAGGUAUGCUGAAAGUGUGAUGUUGCUACUCCCUCAGCUGGAAACUGGACUCAGAAAAGUUUUUAUCACAGUUAACAAAUGCGCAGAAAGACUUCUAACAGCGGAGCACUCAGCUCUCUACACCACAUUUGAUGAAAUACUGGCAAGGCAGCUGGAAGAUGAACAGAUCAACCAACUUCCGCUUUUCCUUGGAGAACCCACCAUGGAAUUUCUGUGGGACUUCUUGAACCAUCAAGAGGGGCCGCGUGUAAGAGAUCAUUUGAGUCAUGGGGAGUUCAAUUUACAGAAGUUUCCAAAAGAAAUAGCCCACCAGAUACUUGCGUUUUCCAUUGUACUUUUGCUCAGAUUUGCUGGAGAAGAGGUUCUGUCCGUUUUUAAGGAGAACGCAACAAUCAAAGCAUUGAUCGGCUGCGCGGAAAGCUAUCGUUCUCGCUUCCAUCCAGUUUCUCGGCUUAAGAAACAGAUACUGGACUGUGGGAAAAGCAUAAGUGCCUGGAAUCAGCUUCCUGUGGCGCCAGAAGAGCAAGUACAAGAAGUAACCGGAUUAGACAGCAGUUUGGGAACCAGUGACUGUCAACCAGUGAUUAUGGAAGUUUUCUCUGAGCUGCAGCGUCACAUGCCAUGGAGACCUUACGUUUUCAAUCAUUUAAUGGAUAAUCCUACAACAGAGAAGUGGUCCCAGUUGCUCAGCGAACUCUGUGGCCGGUCGGUCCGCACUUUAUACUGUCCACGUCCCGUCCUGGAAGUGCUCACGAUUCUCCGGAAGAUCGGCCGGCAAUGCCAGCUGGUGUCCGAUCAAGUGAUUGCCAUCACAGAAAUUAGAUAUGAACAGUGGACAAGGAAGACGCUUCGGUCCCGGCAGAGGCAAAACUACGUUCGAAUGCUGAACAGUAUUAAAUUUCUGUCGCCUGUGCUCCUGUUAAUUUUACUGCUAAUUUCUCUGGAACUAGUCAACGUACACGGUGUUUGUGAGAAACAUACUUCGGAAUAUCAGCGGUAUUUAAAGUUCUUGAAGUCAAUCCUGCGGUAUACUGAGAAUUUGGUGACGUACACCGGCCUGGAGAAAAACAAAUGGGAUGAAGCCCUGGAUCUUGCCCACAACAUUUUAAUAAAAAUUAGAGCUUUUAGUCAGAAAAACCACACAUCAACGCACUUAGCGAAGCAGUAUCCAAAUAAAGCUACCGCAUGAGAACUCUUGAAAGCAGCUCUUCAGUUAAGGUCUAGAUGAAGACUGUGAGCCCUACGUGGAACAGGUGGAUCACCAGGAUGUAGUGAGAGACUGAAUACAUCAAGCAGUAUAGGACGGCGUACUAAGCGCUUGGGAGAAUACAAAAGAGUAGGUCGACGU